GACCCAAAGACAAAACCCGAAAGCAUCCGAACAUCACACGGAACUUCAUGUCCUCAUCGCCUUCAACCGGAGUCCAGAAACACCGUUCCCACUCCUUUGUUUACCAAAAUCUAGGGUUUGAUUCUAUAUUUUCCCAAUUAAAAGCCAUCAUCAUACUGAUUCCAUCUCAAUUUUUGUCUGCAUAAUCCAAUCAACAUUUGAUUUCAUCAUGAGAACUCGAAAAGCAGACAAUCCCAAAUCGCCCCCUGCGGCAAAAAGAACCCCACCGGCUAGAAAAUCGGCAACUAAAACCCCUACCACGCCACCACCCAAUGCCUCCCAGCAAUCAACAUCUGAACCCACGAUUACUCCUAAGCGUGCUUCCCUCCCUAGAGGGAAGACCAUGGCGACCAACGAUACCACACCAACAACUCCAAAAACACCAGUUAGUGCAAUAAAACCACAGGCUGACACAGUCAAGGCAACUCCGGGAACAAGGUCUGGAAGUAAAAGGACUGUUAAGAAAGUGGUUAAAAAGACUGUUAUCAAGAAAAAACCUAAAUUGACUGAUGCUAAGGCACAGCCUGAUUUAGUUGCAGAUGAAAACGAUGAUGAAUUACUCACAGAAAAAGAUAGUUUCGAGGAGGUGAAGGAUAUGGAACAUGCAAAGCAGCAAGAAUCUAGCCCAAGUGAUGCUAAAAACUCUAUCAAAGAGGAAGAACAUGAUGAUGUUUGUAUGCCUUUAAAAGAUGAUGAAGAUACUAUGAAGGAUGUUGAAGAGGGGACUGAUGUUAAGCCCUCUGUUGAAAGCUCUCAUUUAAGAGAUGUUGCAAAAGCCAUUGAUAAUCAAGAACCAGAAGUGGAUAAGAAGGAAAACAUGGACGCAAAAGAGAAGGAAAAUAAAGAAGCCAUUGAUGAUAAAUCCUUAAAGAUCCAAGAAUCCUUUGUAGAAGCUCGAAUAGAGGAAGAAGAGGAACCUGAGGAAGAACCUGAAGAGGAACCUGAAGUUGAGCAACUCAUCAAGAAUCAAGAAAUCAUCAUGGAAAAUGAGAAAAAAGUUGAGAUUGAAGAGGAACCUGAAGAAGAACCCGAAGAGGAACCCGAAGUUGAGCAACUCAUUAAGAAUCAAGAAAUCAUCAUGGAAAAUGAGAAAAAAGUUGAGAUUGAAGAAGAACCCGAAGAAGAACCUGAAGAGGAACCUGAAGUUGAGCAACCGAUUAAGAAUCAAGAAAUCAUCAUGGAAAAUGAAAAAAAAGUUGAGAUUGAAGAGGAACCUGAAGAAGAACCUGAAGAGGAACCUGAAGUUGAGCAACUCGUUAAGAAUCAAGAAAUUAUCAUGGAAAAUGAGAAAAAAGUUGAGAUUGAAGAGGAGCCUGAAGAAGAACCUGAGGAGGAACCUGAAGUUGAGCAACUCAUUAAGAAUCAAGAAAUCAUCAUGGAAAAAGAGCAAAAAGUUGAGAUUGAAGAGGAGCCAAUGGAAUGUAAUGAUGAUGAAGUUGAAAUGGAGAAAGAUAUGAAUGAAGAAGUAAAGAGAGAAGAAGACCUACAAGAGCAUGUAUGCUCAAGUAAUGAAGAAAAGAACAAAGACAAUGAUGUUCAUGAAAAAGAGAAAAAAGGUGAGAUUGAAGAGGAGCCAAUGGAAUGUUAUGAUGAUGAAGUUGAAAUGAAGAAAGAUACAAAUGAGGAAGCAAAGGGAGAAGCAUGCUCACAAGAGCAUGUAUGCUCAAGUAAUGAAGAAAAGCACAAAGACAAUGAUGUUCAUGAAAAAGAGAAAAAAGGUGAGAUUGAAGAGGAACCUAUGGAAUGUAAUGAUGAUGAAGUUGAAAUGGAGAAAGAUCCGAAUAAGGAAGUAAAAGGAGAAGAAGAUCCACAAGAACGUGUAUCUUUAACUGAUGAAGAAAAGGACAAUGACACUGACAUUCAUGAAGAAGAUGACAAGGGUGUACAACAACAACAACAAGAGCAAAGUGAAACAAGGUUAGAAGAGGAACAAGCAGAAUGUAAAAUAGCUGUAGAGGAGCGAAAAAGAAGGAAAGAAUUUGAGAUAUUUGUUGGUGGAUUGGAUAGAGAUGCCACAGAAGAAGAAGUAAAGAAAGCUUUUCAGUAUGUUGGUGAGGUUGUUGAUAUCCGAAUGCAUAAAGAACUUCCAACCAAUAAAAACAAAGGAUAUGCAUUUGUGAGAUUUGCUAAUAAGGAGCAUGUAGCACGUGCUUUAGCCCAAAUGAAAAACCCUGUUAUACAUGGAAAACGAUGUGGAACUGCACCUAGUGAGGACAAUGAUACUUUGUUCUUGGGCAAUAUCUGCAAUACAUGGACAAAAGAAGAUAUAAGACAAAAACUCAAAGAUUAUGGUGUAGAAGGUGUAGAAAAGAUCACACUUGUGUCUGAUCCUCAACACAAAGGAUUAAGUCGUGGGUUUGCAUUUCUUGAAUUCUCAGGACACCCGGAUGCCAUGCUGGCAUUCAAAAGGCUUCAAAAACCUGAUGCUAUAUUUGGUCACCCUGAUAAAACUGUAAAAGUAGCUUUUGCUGAACCCUUACAUGAACCUAAUCCUGAGGUUUUAAAAGAGAUUAAAUCUGUGUUUAUUGAUGGAUUGCCACCUCAUUGGGAUGAUGACAUUGUUAGAGAAUAUUUAAAAAGUUAUGGUGUUAUUGAUCGGAUUAUGCUUGCAAGAAAUAUGUCAUCUGCUAAAAGGAAAGAUUUUGGAUUUGUUGAUUUUACUACUCAUGAUGCUGCUAUUGCUUGUAUUGAUGGGUUGAAUAAAAGAGAAUUGGGUCAUGAGAAAAUUAAAGUGAAAGCAAGGCUUUCAAAUCCUUCACCUAAAACUCAAGCUGUGAAAGGUGGAAUAGCUGGAGGCUUUCGAUAUGGUCAUGGAAAUGGUGCUUCCUUUAAAAGAGCUGGUAGGGGUUUUGGAAGAGGUCCAUAUCCUAACAACAAUAUGGAAUUUCCACGAGGUGGCAGAGGUUUCUAUCAACAUGGUCAACAUGGUCAAACCAGUAGAAUGGGUUAUACAGAGGAUUACCCGCCAGCUGGCGCUCAUCCUUCUUUCAGAGGGAGACAUGAUUUUAGACAAGGAGGGAGGUGGAAUAAUUUCAGGGGUCCACAUCAGCAAUCUCAAGGCCCUAUGCCAUUCCCACCUAGAUACGAUGAUCAUCAUCAUCAUGAUAAUCAUCAUCAUCAUCCUAUGCCUAUGAGAGGACCACCAUUUAUGCCUGAAGAACAAUUCAACAGACCUUAUGAAGACCCCUACAUAUAUGGAGAUUCCUCACGUGGUGUAAAACGUCCUUAUUAUGCAGAGCAGGAUCCUGUGUAUAUGGAGCAUAGUAGAGUUCGGCCUCGUUUCGAUUACCCUGAGCCUCCAAAUUCAGCUCCUGCAUCUCAUUUAAGAGGAGGUGGUAGUGGCAUGCAUUCACGAGACUACUAUAAUAAUAAUUAUGACUAUGAAGGUCCAUAUUCAUCUUACUAUGGUGGGGGUGAUCAGCGGCCUUAUGGUGGCAAUCAACCUUAUGGUGGCCGAUAUUAUUAUUAAACUAUUUAACUACUGGUGUACAAGAUUUGAGUUGCUGUGCUGGCAUGUUCUUCUCUCUCUCUCUCUCUCUCUGAAGGAAAGCCCUUUAAAAUCUUUUUUUAAAUUCAUGUUCUUUCCUUUCCUUCUGAAGUUGUUUGGCUUUCUUAGACAUAUAUAUUGGGAGGUUAAUCUUUAAGAUAUGGUGAAGGAUUUUAGUCUUCUAAGUAAGAUGUUAGGUAUAAAUCUGGGAUCAGAUAUUAAGUGAGAAAGGUAAAGAUUUGAAUUUGAAAUAAAAUAGAAUCUAAGCCCUGUAGAUGAGACUUGUGGAUAUUGUGAAAUCUGGAAAUAAUACUCUUAAUGGAUUGUAUGUUUUAUAA